GGUCAAGGCUGAGCAAGGUCUGCACCGGACCCGCCUCCCGGGGUGGCCUCGGCCCCCGGGGCAGAGACGCUGGGAGGAAAGGGUAGGUCUCGGUGGCCUCCAGGUGCGAGCCGCGUGAGUAGGCUGCCUGGGCGCCUCCUCCCCUUUCGGGACGUGCGUCCAGGGCGCACUCCGGGUCCCGCUCCUCCCCGCCCGCGGGGGGGGGGAAGGGGAACAGGGGGCCGUUCUCCCCGGCUAUAAAGGGCCCUGGGCCUCCUCAGCUCGCCUCGGCUUGUCCGGGCGACCUCCGGCUCCGCCCUCGCCGCCUUACUCCCAGCCCGAGCUCCAGUCUCCGCUCAGGCUCCACUCGACACUCUCGGGCCUCGGCUACUCGGGCUGCGGCGGAAGAUGGCGGCUUCGGCUGGUGCCCCGGCUCCCGCCGAAGGCUCUGAGGAGGCGCUGGCCUCUGCCCUGGCCGACGUGCCCGAACUGGCCCGACUUCUAGAGACGGACCCGUACCUGAAGCCCUACGCUCCGGACUUCCAGCGCAGGUAUAAGCGUUUUAACCAGACUUUGACCAACUUUGGAGAGAACGAAGGUGGUAUUGAUAAGUUUUCCAGAGGUUAUGAAUCAUUUGGCAUCCACAGAUGUGCUGAUGGUGGUUUGUACUGCAAGGAAUGGGCCCCAGGAGCAGAAGGAGUUUUUCUUACUGGAGACUUCAAUGAUUGGAAUCCAUUUUCAUACCCAUAUAAAAAACUGGAUUUUGGGAAAUGGGAGCUGUAUAUCCCACCGAAGCAGAAUAGAUCUGUCCUAGUACCUCAUGGAUCCAAAUUAAAGAUUGUUAUUAGAAGUAAAAGUGGAGAGAUCUUAUAUCGUAUUUCACCGUGGGCAAAGUAUGUGACUCGUGAAGGUGAUAAUGUGAAUUAUGAUUGGACACACUGGGAUCCAGAACACCCAUAUAAAUUUAAGCAUUCCAAACCAAAGAAGCCAAAAGGUCCAAGAAUUUAUGAAUCUCAUGUGGGAAUUUCUUCCUAUGAAGGAAAAAUAGCUUCAUAUAAACAUUUUACAUGCAAUGUACUACCAAGAAUCAAAGACCUUGGAUACAACUGCAUUCAGUUGAUGGCAAUCAUGGAACAUGCUUACUACGCCAGUUUUGGUUACCAAAUCACAAGCUUCUUUGCAGCUUCAAGCCGUUAUGGAACUCCUGAAGAGCUGAAAGAAUUGGUUGACACAGCUCACUCCAUGGGUAUUACAGUCCUCUUAGAUUUGGUGCACAGUCAUGCCUCAAAAAAUUCAGAAGAUGGAUUGAAUAUGUUUGAUGGGACAGAGUCCUGUUAUUUUCAUUAUGGACCUCGAGGGAAUCAUAAUCUUUGGGACAGUCGAUUGUUUGACUAUUCCAGCUGGGAAGUUUUAAGAUUUCUUCUAUCAAACAUAAGGUGGUGGUUAGAAGAAUAUGGCUUUGAUGGAUUCCGUUUUGAUGGUGUUACAUCCAUGCUCUAUUAUCAUCAUGGAAUAGGUCAAUCCUUUUCAGGUGAUUAUCAUGAGUAUUUUGGAUUACAUGUAGAUGAGGAAGCUUUGACUUAUCUCAUGUUGGCAAAUCAUUUGAUUCACACGCUGUAUCCAGAUUCUAUAACAAUAGCUGAGGAUGUAUCAGGAAUGCCAACUCUGUGUUCUCCUAUUUCCCAGGGAGGGAGUGGCUUUGACUAUCGAUUAGCCAUGGCAAUUCCAGAUAAAUGGAUCCAGCUACUUAAAGAAUUUAAAGAUGAAGACUGGAAUAUGGGCAAUAUAGUGUAUACACUCACAAACAGACGCCACCUUGAAAAGAGCAUUGCUUAUGCAGAGAGCCAUGAUCAGGCACUUGUUGGGGAUAAGACACUGGCGUUUUGGUUGAUGGAUGCUGAAAUGUAUACCAACAUGAGUGUCCUGACCCCGUUUACUCCAGUUAUUGAUCGUGGAAUACAGCUUCAUAAAAUGAUUCGACUCAUUACUCAUACACUUGGUGGAGAAGGCUAUCUCAAUUUCAUGGGUAAUGAAUUUGGGCAUCCUGAAUGGUUAGACUUCCCAAGAAAAGGAAAUGACGAGAGCUACCAUUAUGCAAGAAGGCAGUUUCAUUUAACUGAUGACGACCUUCUUCGCUAUAAGUUCCUAAAUAACUUUGACAGGGAUAUGAAUAAAUUGGAAGAAAGAUGUGGUUGGCUUUCAGCUCCACAGGCCCAUGUGAGUGAAAAGCAUGAAACCAAUAAGGUCAUUGCUUUUGAGAGAGCAGGUCUUCUUUUUGUUUUCAAUUUUCAUCCAAGCAAGAGCUACACUGAUUACCGAGUUGGAACGACAUUGCCAGGAAAGUUCAAAAUUGUGCUAGAUUCAGAUGCAGCAGAAUAUGGAGGACACCAGAGACUGGACCACAAUACCGACUUCUUCUCUGAACCUUUUGAACAUAAUAAGCGUCCCUACUCUCUUUUGGUGUACAUUCCAAACCGAGUGGCCCUCAUCCUUCAGAACGUGGACCCGCCCAACUGAAGAGUCUGAUUUCAGCUCCACAAGAGGAAGAUGCGCGCUUUGUUUUCCCACACUUAUUGUCACAGAGCUUAUAAUGUGCAAGCUUUUCAAAUAUAUUUGUCUAGGCAAAAUGUCAGAUGUCUGAAUUCAAUAUUGGCUUUGAAAAUGAAUGUCAGAGUUUUCUUUAAGGAGUAGAGGGGGUCAUAGUUUUGAAAUUUUACAGAUUCUAGACUAUAUCUUCAGCCAUCUGGACAGCUAGGUGUCUCAAAUGAAGUGCCAUAUAUAUAUAUAAAAUUAUGUGUUUAAAUAGUUUGUCUUACUGGCCAAUUAUGUGAUCCUUUAAGUUCAAAUUUGAAUCAUGUGUCAUGUUUGAUUAUUUCUGUUGAAUGUAUAGUAUUUUUUUUAAUGGCAGAUAUUCUAUGACUUUAUUCUAAUGUCUCUUGGUCUAAAUAACAGAAUGCCAAGACUGUUAUUCUCCUUUAUCAAAUUGUGUUUAGAAAUACUGUAAUAAGUAUAUAGUCAUAAUAUAAAACUAAGAAUUGUGUCAAAGUUAAUAUAAAGUCAUUGCCUAUGAAUUCAGCCAUGCCUUAUUUUGCAUAAGUUUUAUCUGUGUUCUCUUGUUCACGUACUAUCUUGGUAGACGCUAAUAUCUCCUUUUCUGAGGUUAAUUGUAACAUUUCACAAGAUAUCUUUUACUUUCAGUCAAUAAAAAUAAAGCAAAAUUGCAAACUUGC